AUGGGGGUACGAUGGGGUACUCUCAUCGUACACUCGUUGUACGAUGGCGUCGUACACUGGUACGAUCGGGUGUACGAUGGUGUCGUACACUGGUACGAUCGGGUGUACGAUGGUGUCGUACACUGGUACGAUCGGGUGUACGAUGGUGUCGUACAAGAGUACGAUCGGGUGUACGAUGGUGUCGUACAAGAGUACGAUGUCGUCGUACAAGUGUACGAUGGUGUCGUACAUACAAAAGGUAAAGUGUACGAUGGUACGAUGCCAUCGUACACUUUGGUUUCUAAAUUCGUUUUGGGAUAG